AUGCUUCUGCACGGUGGGCUGUGGGGAUUUGCAGGCCAGCCUCAGCAAGGGAAGCCAUAUGUCUUCGACAGAGUGCUGCCUCCCAGCACGACCCAAGAGCAGGUUUACAGUGCGUGUGCCAAGCAAAUUGUCAAAGAUGUCCUUGAAGGUUAUAAUGGGACGAUUUUUGCAUAUGGACAGACUUCAUCAGGAAAGACACAUACCAUGGAGGGGAAGCUGCAUGACCCUCAGCUCAUGGGGAUCAUCCCCAGGAUCGCACACGACAUCUUCGACCAUAUCUACUCCAUGGAUGAAAACCUGGAGUUUCACAUCAAGGUUUCCUAUUUCGAGAUCUACUUGGACAAAAUCAGGGACUUACUCGAUGUGUCCAAGACAAACUUGGCUGUUCAUGAAGAUAAAAACAGAGUCCCGUAUGUAAAGGGGUGCACCGAGCGGUUUGUGUCCAGCCCGGAGGAAGUCAUGGAUGUGAUAGAUGAAGGCAAGGCAAACCGACAUGUGGCUGUAACAAACAUGAAUGAACACAGCUCUAGAAGUCACAGUAUCUUCCUGAUUAAUAUUAAACAAGAGAAUGUAGAGACGGAAAAAAAACUCAGUGGGAAGCUUUAUCUGGUUGAUUUGGCUGGGAGCGAAAAGGUCAGCAAAACUGGUGCCGAGGGAGCUGUUCUCGAUGAAGCUAAAAAUAUCAAUAAGUCUUUGUCUGCUCUUGGAAACGUAAUCUCCGCCUUGGCAGAAGGGACAAAAACCCAUGUGCCAUAUCGGGACAGCAAGAUGACUCGGAUUCUUCAGGACUCUCUGGGUGGGAACUGUAGAACUACUAUUGUUAUUUGCUGUUCUCCUUCUGUCUUCAAUGAAGCUGAGACCAAAUCCACGCUGAUGUUUGGACAAAGGGCGAAGACCAUCAAGAACACAGUCUCGGUGAACCUGGAGCUGACAGCGGAAGAAUGGAAGAAGAAGUACGAAAAAGAGAAGGAGAAGAACAAGACUUUGAAGAACGUUAUCCAGCAUCUGGAGAUGGAGCUGAACAGGUGGAGAAAUGGAGAAGCUGUGCCUGAGGAUGAGCAGAUCGGUGCUAAGGACCAGAAGACCCUGGAGCCCUGUGAUAACACCCCCAUCAUCGACAAUAUUGCUCCUGUCGUCGAUGCUGUUGUCGCCAGUAUCUCUGCAGAGGAGAAAGAGAAAUACGACCAGGAGCUCUCCAGUCUCUACAGGCAACUGGAUGAUAAGGAUGAUGAAAUUAACCAGCAGAGCCAGCUGGCUGAAAAGCUUAAGCAACAGAUGUUGGAUCAGGAUGAGCUUUUAGCUUCCACGAGAAGAGACUAUGAGAAGAUCCAAGAGGAGCUGACACGGCUCCAGAUUGAGAACGAGGCAGCCAAAGACGAAGUGAAAGAAGUGCUCCAGGCCCUGGAGGAGCUGGCUGUCAAUUACGACCAGAAGUCGCAGGAAGUGGAAGACAAGACCAGGGCCAACGAGCAGCUGACAGAUGAGCUGGCCCAGAAAACGACUACGCUGACAACCACGCAGAGGGAGCUGAGCCAGCUCCAAGAGCUGAGCAACCACCAGAAGAAGAGAGCGACGGAGAUCCUGAACCUGCUGCUGAAGGACCUGGGGGAGAUAGGCGGGAUCAUCGGCACCAACGACGUGAAGACGCUGGCAGACGUGAACGGAGUCAUUGAGGAGGAGUUCACCAUGGCCCGUCUGUACAUCAGCAAGAUGAAGUCAGAGGUCAAGUCCCUGGUGAACCGCAGCAAGCAGCUCGAGAGCGCCCAGAUGGACUCCAACAGGAAGAUGAACGCCAGCGAGCGGGAGCUGGCCGCCUGCCAGCUGCUCAUAUCCCAGCACGAAGCCAAGAUCAAGUCCCUGACGGACUACAUGCAGAACAUGGAGCAGAAGAGGAGGCAGCUGGAGGAGGCCCAGGACUCGCUCACCGAAGAGCUGGCCAAGCUCCGGGCCCAAGAAAAGAUGCAUGAAGUCAGCUUCCAAGAUAAGGAGAAGGAGCAUCUGACGCGGCUGCAGGAUGCCGAGGAGAUGAAGAAGGCGCUGGAGCAGCAGAUGGAGAGCCACCGGGAGGCUCACCAGAAGCAGCUGUCCAGACUUCGAGAUGAAAUUGAGGAGAAGCAGAAAAUCAUUGAUGAGAUUCGGGAUUUGAAUCAGAAACUGCAACUGGAACAAGAGAAGCUCAGUUCUGAUUAUAACAAGCUGAAGAUAGAGGACCAGGAGAGAGAGAUGAAACUGGAAAAACUCUUAUUGCUCAAUGACAAAAGGGAGCAAGCCCGGGAGGACCUCAAAGGGCUGGAAGAGACUGUGUCUCGGGAAUUGCAGACUCUGCAUAACCUCCGCAAGCUCUUCGUCCAGGAUCUGACUGCCCGGGUUAAAAAAAGUGUAGAGCUGGACAGCGACGACAGCGGGGGCAGUGCUGCCCAGAAGCAGAAAAUCUCCUUCCUGGAGAACAACCUGGAGCAGCUCACGAAGGUUCACAAACAGCUGGUCCAGGACAACGCCGACCUGCGCUGCGAGCUGCCCAAGCUGGAGAAGCGUCUGCGCGCCACAGCCGAGCGCGUCAAGGCCCUGGAGAGCGCGCUGAAGGAGGCCAAGGAGAACGCCAUGUGGGACCGCAAGCGCUACCAGCAGGAGGUGGACCGCAUCAAGGAGGCUGUGAGGGCCAAGAACAUGGCCCGGAGGGCCCACUCCGCCCAGAUUGCCAAGCCCAUCCGCCCAGGACACUAUCCAGCAUCAUCUCCAACGGCCGUUCACGCCAUCCGAGGGGGAGGAGGCGUCUCAUCGAACUCCACCCACUACCAGAAAUAAAUGAGAAAUAUGACUCUCCGUGUAGCAUGUCAAGGACGAAAUUAAUCACCAAUUCCUUUGUUUUUUUCCUCCCUCCUACACACUUUUCUUUUACACUUGCUUACCCAGCCAUCUGCAGUACGCCCGUUUCAGGUGUUUGAGCCGUGUAGAGUUUCUGUGUGUACAGAUGUGUGCUUGGACUUCUCUCUUCCUGAGAAAUCUGAAGGAGAUGAUUACAGAAGAUCCACUUACUCCCGGGAACCACUGCUGCGGCCCCGGCCCGGGGCCUGGGUGGUCCCUGGGCAGCCCCUGCACUGGCCCAGCAAACGCUCCAACGUGCCAUUCCCGAGGGGAUGACCAAGUGCCGCGGGGGCAGGUGAUCACGCUGUGCCGCAACUCUCUGGUUUCCUGUAAAAUAAACACUUUAUAUUUUUAGGGAACAAAACAAGUGCUGCUAUGGGGUUCAAAAUUUUCAUUCUGAACACUUUUCCGAAACAAAUUACUCCAAGGAAGCAUUUUGAAUGUCCUGGUCACAUCUUUGGAUCUGUAAAGUAUACCUUUUAGUAUGGCACCGUUAAAAUGCAAAGCAGAUUUCUUCAAGGCAGAAAAACAAUCUGACAGUAGCAAUGUAGAAUCUGUUCAUUCAGACACAUCCAUGUGAAUGUGAAAAGUCAUAAAAUUCACCUCUGGGCUGUUUGCUAUUGAACCUGCAGCGACUAGUCUCGGCGGCUGGUGCGAACAUCACUCCCUCGGAAGUGUUCGCCGCGGAGUCGGAUGAGUGGAAAAGGGUUGCCCCCUCCCCUGACCCGACCGGAGCUGGCACCCGGAUGGCCUUUCUCUAGGGAACCAUCUUAAGCCCGGAGAGGGUAUUGCUGCCGAAACCCAGGAUAAUUCCAGCAGCUGAAAGAGGAAGCCCUGGGGAGAAAGUAAUUGACAAAUUUCUGUGCCUCUGAAUAAGUUGCCAUGAAUAAGCUGUUAUUUUCACUCAUCAUUCUGACUGUUUGAGUUGUCUCCUUGGCAUCGAAUAGAUAGGUUUCCACUUCUUAGGCAGAAUUAGAAGAAAUCAGUAUGGAUGGAUUUUUUUUUAUAUUUAGCUGUUCCUGUAUUCAAAUACAUGAACCUACACGAAAUCAACUCUUCCUGUUGUGCAUAUUAAAGUGGUGUAUUUCCAAGUGAGGUUUUCAGGGAAACUGGCAAGGAUUCAAUUAAGUUGGUCUUCUGCGCUGCUAUUGUUUUGACAAAUUUGAGGGUAAGUCAGUGACAACCAAACCAAACUCGGUGAAAGUACCUAUCGUCCUGUUACGGUGCCUGCCCAAGAUGAGCCAGCUGGCACUGUCCCUGCUGCUGUCACCGCUGGAACGAGCUGGGUGAGGGGGAGACGUUGGCCUUUCUAGUGGUUCUGUGGGUGGAAGGUAGUUCAAGGUGUGUGUGUGUGAGAGAGAGAGACAGAGAGGAGAGAAAGCACUAAGGACGGAAUUGACCUCCAAACUCUUGUAUAAAAUUCCCUAACAAAGCAAAGCUGCUUUAUUUAUUUGUUAAAUGUUGCUCUGUGUGUGUGUGUGUGUGUGUGUUGGGGGAGGGAGAGGAGUAAGGAGAAAAAGUGAUUAAUUCUACUGAAGUAUUUAUUUGGAAAAGAUGACAGUUUUGCGUUUUUAAAGUUCUUCGGUUUGAUUUUCUUGUGUUGCUGCCAGCAUUCACCCAGUAAGUUGCCCAAUCACUAUUUGCAAUCUGAUAGAAGGGUCCUUGUAGGGCAGGUUUUGCAGCCCUUAUCAAGUGAUAACAUAUACCAUAGAUUAUAACCUCGCCUCUGAUUUUGGAAGCUAAAACAUUGGUCUUUGAGAAGAAUGCCAGUUUAUAAUUGUCAUACUUACUACUGUCUAUUAUACAAUUGUAUUAUUUUGUGUUUGGAAAUAGAACCAAGGUCAGUAAUUUCUUUUUGGCUCUCUUGUUAAUUGAUUAUUUUGGAUUUGUUCCAAAGUAAUUUUUUCCUGGGUACCCCUUUCCUACUUCUAAAGAAUUGCUUGUCCCUUUCAUGUUUCAAAGAAACAGUCACUUGUAGUUCCACAUUUCUUGAUCUCCACAAGGGACUCACAAAAUUCACUUCACUUUUAUUCACAGAGAAAGUUGGCUUUGAUGUCUUUUAAAGAUACUCUGCUAGUUGCUGAUCAGCCAGUCAGUUCACCUAGCUUUGAUCUUUAUAGGACCUCUAAACCAGGUUUCCUACACUGUGACUAACAGGCAGAUUAUUGGAAUGGAUCAUGCAGUAUAUUCAAGUGGAUCCCUAAGUAUUACUUUGUGUAAUAAGCUAAUAUUUAGAUCAUAUACUCUGUAGGCCACACCUAUGCAAUUUUAAUUUUUUUAGAUGAUUGCUCCUUUGCCUUUGGACUCUAACUGUAAAAAACCACACUUCUGAAGGCCAGGCCUAUGGUUAUAUGUUUGGUUGUGUGCUGCUUUUUGCUAGCGUGUGUGUGUGUGUGUGUGUGUGUGUACACGUGCACAUGCGCUUUUCUCCUCUAAAUAAUUUUAUAUUUCAUGCUACUUCUUGAAUGUUGACUCUCUGAUUCUAUGAGGGAAUACCAGAUGGUUUAUACAGAUAAUCUCUACCUGCAGGAUAGUGGAUUGUUAAAUUAGAGGAAUGCUGUUGGGGAUAUCAAGAUGUGUGGUAGGAGACUAAAUGCCAAAUGUGUUUUGGUCCUUUACCAGAGACUUCUGUACAAACACAUCGUCUCUUCAGAUACUGUACAGUUGGCUUUUGUUGAAUGGCAGGUAGUAAGGAGAACAUUAAGUGUAGAUUAAGGCUUUUAAAGAAAAUAGUAUCAUGUGAUUAAGAAAUUAGGGUUUAUAGAAAUAUUGGGAUAAAUGGAGAAAUAAAAAUGUCUGCCUAGAAUGUAGCAUCUAGUAUAUUUUGAAGCCCUAAAUCACACAUGAAGCUGAUACUCCUGUCCAAGGCCAGACCAAGCCAUCACCAGGAUUCACGGAGGAAUCAUCAGUCCUCCUUUCCUGCAGGAAUAACUGAAGGCAAAUAAAAGCUCGUAACAGUCCCCUCUUGAAGUGCAUUUUUUUUAGCAGGGCAGAAGACAUUUGGACUCUGGCUCUAUGGCAUAUUGGGGAAAUUUUUCAUUGGCGGGGGCGGGGGGAAGUUUUCACUUCUUUCACUUCAUUGUCUCACCGUGCGUAUCUUGAGCAAGCUGAAGGAACCAUCAUAGUCUACAACAGCCUCAUGUAACACCACAACGCAGACUUUUAAAAAGUGUUGAACAAGUGCCAGGUCUGUUGCCAAGGAAGCACUGCUCCAUGAAGUCUGCUUACACACUACAAAUUGUGUAUUGGUUUUAACUACUUUACAUUGUGCGCGGAGAUGAGGGGAGUAGGGCAUCUGUAGAAUUAUUCAUGUCUAGUUUGUAAAGUAUGUAGUGUGUACUGCAGAUGUGUGUUCUCUGGGCCCUGUGUAUCUGUACAGUAGCUUUUAUUUAAAUCGUGGGCAAACUUGGUGGUUUGAAGGGGAGAAUGGCAGUUUAUAUCGCGUAAUGAAGCUGUAAUAUAUAGUACGUGUAACAAAAGAUCUGGAAGUAACCCUCCCCUGGCCUUUGGAGAAUUUUGGUUUCUUCUAGGUUCUAAAAUGAAGAUGUAUGGAUACUCUGGCAGUCUGCAUGUUGUAUAAUUUGAAAAAUACUAAAAGUGGAAAAUAAACUUGACUUAAACUUUG